CCACUAUUCUAGAUGUUUGUUUAUACUCAAGAAAGCACACACACAAAAUAAUGGUCAAAUCAACCCUUGCCUGUGGACUACAAGAAUGUCUGAGUAAAGAAUGGAUGGGAGAUAACUUCAGUGACUUUAGAGUUGUGGUUGAUGGCUCAGAGUAUUUCUGUCACAAAUUUAUUCUAAGUGCCUGCUCAACUUUCUUUAAGACUUUGUUGGGUUCGGAUUUCAGAGAAAAGAAAGACGAAUGUGUUGAGUUAAAGAACAUGAGUAAAGAGACUUUUGAUGUUAUAAUCAAUGCAAUUUACAAAGGUGUUGAUGAUCUGACAAAAGACAACAUCAUUAGUGUGUGGCAAGCUACUCAUAUGUUGCAUAUACCAUUUCUUAUAGAAGAGUGUGAAAGAUUUGUUUUGGAAAAUAUGUCACAAGAUAAUUACACUACUUUUUACAAAACAGCAGUUCUUUUAAAUUCAAAAUGUGUGAUUUCAUUGGCAGUAGGGUUCAUGAAAGAAAACUUUGAACAAUUUUGUAAGACUGAGACCUUUCUAGAACUUUCAUACCCUGUGCUUUACUCUUUGGUUGAUGAUGAUACAUUAAAUGUAAAUUCAGAAGAUUUAGUCUUGGAAUCAAUAGUUAAUUGGGUCUCCUACGUAAACAUUAAACCUGGUAAAAUUGACGCGAUUGAUUGUAAAUCAUGUGAAGCUGUGACUAGAAGUUUAUCUAAGUCUAACUCUCCUAAAAACUGUUUACUUAAAGUUUUUCCAGAAACAAAUACACAGGAAAACUAUUUAGAUAAACUAGUUGUUGAAAAAUGUUUUGAAGAUAUUGAAGCUGAAAUUAAAGCAGACAAUAAAUCUUUUCACAUAAAGAAAGAAUUAGCUGAACGGUUAUCAAAUAAUAACUCACAAACAGAUACAGAAACAUCAAGUUCUAAAGUACAUAGAUACAGUAGUGUAGUGUAUGAUAGAAAGAAAUAUCUUGGAGACCUCUUGUCUACAGCCAGAAUAUUUUUAGCCAGUCGAAGUUAUCUUGAGAAACUUCAUAGCCAUCAGUUGAUACGUGAUUGUGUAGAAGCAUUAGAAAUUGUACAUGAAGCUUUGAUGUACCACUGGAGAUCUGUUUCCUUCCCCAGUAACUUUGUCAUCCCUUAUAGAAACUCUAGCGGCAAACGCAAUGUCAUGGCAUUUGUUAAAUAUACAAAACUUCAUCUUUUUGAACUAAAUAGUGGAGCUACUUAUGAAACUGACCUUCCUGGUACUUGUUUAAAUACUGACCAUUUCAACAACUUAGCAUCGUAUGGAUCCUCUCUCUGUUUUAUACAUGGAGGGAAAUAUAACAGUAAAUGUGAACAUAAGCACAAGAAAGAAAAAUUUUGUUCACGUCGAUAUGUUGUAACAUGUGAUGGCAAUAAGGAAAUAUCUACUGUGUGUGAGGUCUGUCAGUAUUGUAAACUGGAAUUAGUUUCCCUGAAUGGAGUUUUUGUUAGAAUUAUAAACUCAACGUGUACAAAACUCAACUCUGACCAAAAUAUUUUUGGUGGCUUUCAGUUCAUGUACCGUUCCAGUUAUGAAUCUCUUUGUGCUUUUCAGGAAAAUAUUUUAUUAUUUUCCAAAUGUAAGGUUAAUUCUAAACCUAGUGUUAACGUACAUUGUUACAACAUUUACACCAAGUCAACUCAGGAUAUAAACUUUGAAGGCCCAGCUGAUCACAUUGUCAGCUUCUCAAGUGGAGCCAAAAAGACUUUUAUUCUACAGAAAAAUGGUGCUCUUAGGUCAGUAAACAUUACAUAUGAUUCAAAAAUAGAAUUUACAUUUGUUACACAACUUUGGAACAGUUUUGAUUUUGUAUUAGAUAGUGCUGUAUAUUUUAAAAAUGAAUUAAUCUUGUUUUGUACAGAGAAGCCGGACAACAUAGACACUUUUCUAGUGAAAUUUGUGCCUGGUGUUUUUAAAAUGAUAAAAGUUGUUGAAGUUGAUAGCGAUUCCAACCUAGUUCCGUUAGUUGUGCCAGAAACUUGGCUUGUUGCAAAACAAAAAAAGUACUGAUACAUUAUUGAUUUAUUAAAUGUCAAAUUUUUAUUCAACUGUUAAACAAGAAAAAUACUGAUAAAUUAUUAAUUUUUUGUGUCAAUUAUUUAUUCAACAGUUAAGCAAAAAUUCCAGACAAUUUAGUGAAUAACAACGCAACCCCCUCCUUCUGUUUUUUUUUUUGCAUAUUGUUAGUUUAAAAAAAUGCUGUAGAUAGCCAUUUAAGUCUGAGAAUUCGGUUAGCUUUUUAAAAAUAAAUUUGGCCAUUUUUUAAAAUUGUAAAUAAUAAAAUAUGUUACUGUAAUUGUACAUUUGAAGGUUGAAAUAAUCAAAAUGUUAAUACUAAAUUUUAUGCUUUAAAAUUCUCUUAUCAAUUGUGUUUAAUAUGUAUUUUUUAGCAUUUAUGUAAAUCUAUUUAAGCAGUUCAUACACCAAUAAAUAAAUACAAAUGUGCAUACAUAUUUAAACUGCUUUUAAGUAAUUCUUAAGUAAUUCUGUUGCCAUUGUUCAUUGC